AUGUCAAGCAGUCUUAAGUUCAGUGCCACUGGCAGCAACCAGUCGGCGUCCGAGUGGUCCAACUCAACGGGCGGGGAUGAUGACGCUGACGACGACGACGACGACGAGGACGUGGACAUGGGCGGAGAAGAUGGGGAGGAUGGAGAUGGAGACGACGGUGCUGGCGAGCAGCCCGUUGUCGUUGUGGCCUCCACGACGCGGCGACGCCGCGAUCGAGAGUACAUCACCUAGACGCGCUGACCUUAAACCCCUUUUCAGUUAUGUAUGCGCCAUGGCUGUAUAUUUAUUGUUUCCCCAUAUCUUGAUUUGUGCUAGGCUUAGAAUACUCAUGAAACGAACCCGUUCUGGCGGCCCAUUAAAUGGGGCAUUUGAAUCGUGGCCUUAGUUUUCACCGCGAAAGCAGCUUUUUAAUAAUCGUUUUUCCUGAUAGCGCACACAACGCAGAUCGCCACAUCCCCUAGCCCAAAGCAUCAUCAUUAUUAAACAUGCGCGAAUUGGGGCCAGAUAUUUUGUAUGUAUGUACUUUUAUGGGCUGAUUUUGUAGACCGACCUUCCCGAAGCGAUAUUUUUACUCUAUACAUCCCCAGCCAGGUGGGCCCGCAUUGUUGGGUCUCGAACUUUUGUGUGGCGAAGUAGUUAAUUGAAGAGAAACAUGCCUGAACCGAUUGUGAAUUUUGCGACUGCCGCCGGUCAGAAAAGGGCGUGACUUGUAUUUAAUUAAUUCUUAUUGUAAAACUAAUAUACACAUUUAUAAUAUAAUAUUGGAAAUUAUUCGCAAA